AUCGGGUUAGGCGCCCACCUAGGUGCUAGUUUGGCCAGCUUUGGUGAGCAGAUCAGUGUCGGUGGGCGCACAAAGCAGCUUGCAGAUGUUGUUUUCAUGACUGCUCGUGCAAUAGGUGAGGCAAGGGAGGAGCUGUCCUUGGGCGCCUCGAUUGUGCGCAGAGAUGAGGCUAGGCACAUUGAUUUGGUGAGUACCAGUGGACGCCUAGAUCUGGCUGUUGGGGGCACUGCUGGUUUAAUGAGUUUGGCACCUGCUGGAAGGGACAUGGGAGCAGGCGAGUAG